GCGCCACCAACUAGAAACUGCGAAACAAGAACAAAACCAACUACGAAAGUGCCGUUUUUCGGCGGAAAAGGGGUGUGUGUAGUGCGUGCGUGCGAAGGGUGUUGGCGUGUUUUGGAUUUGUAAACACGUAGUGCGUGCUUCUCGUGUACGCGGGUGUGUAGGCACGAUGACAACGGGCCAGAAGAAGCUGGUCAGGUCCAAGAGCGGCCUCCGAAUCGUCACAGUGGGCAACGAGGCGCUCAGUCCUUUCCAUUUGGACGAGCCACCGUGGACACCCGACCGAGAGACCGCCGAUUGCUGGCGCUGUCGCUCCAAGUUCGACUUCAUAACGCGCCGUCACCACUGUCGCCGCUGUGGCCGCGUCUACUGCAGCAACUGCUGCAGCCGUAGGCUUCCCCUGCAGCGCAUGUGCUUUGUGGACCCCGUGCGCAUCUGUCACGACUGCAGCCCAGCCACGCUGCGCGAGAAUGACUUCUACGACAGGCACCUGCGCUUGCUUCUCGCCGGCGCGCACUUCCUCGUCACGGUUGUGCCCGACGUGGGUGCUGCCCUGCCACACUGCUGUCGGCUGUCCUCAGACCAUCGUAUCCUUGAGCUGGAAAAUGUUCAGAGCAAGGAGUGCAUGGAAAUCCCCCUGGCCAGCAUAUGCACUUACCGUAUCCUCAGGCCUAACAGCCCUGGAAUGACUGACUCGACAAGGAGCCCUUCGGCGAGUGAUGGCGGCCUGAGUGGUGUCAUGAUUGGCUACAGACCGCAUGGAGUGACACCUGGUGCACCUGACGAGCAACAGGAUGCAACGAUGGAGCUUGCACAGACACUGCUACACCUCGGUCUGUCCCCUGCACCGGAGGCUGCUGCACAGGGUGCCCUCUGGAUUGUCGCACUCAACAAGGCUUUCCGGAUGAUCCACAGUCCGGACGUGUCACCGGAAUGACUUCAGCAGGGCCCGUUCAACAGCCACGGCGGGCACUACCUGCUACUGCGACCUCGCUGACUGGCAAUCCACACUACAUCACAUCCAUGGUGCUGUUUCUGCUCAGUUUUGGACAUUCAACAUAUCUGUGUAGUGCUGUCUUUGUGGAUCUUGUACGGUUGGGGGGCAAAUGCCUAGACAUUGCCAGGACUGCAGUACUGCAGAGUGGUAUUGGAAAGUCUGGCUCAUAUAUGCACUAUUGUGUGCAGAGAAAAGAUUGUUUGUGUUGGGCCUCUAAGCGCUACAUGGCUGAACAAGCUUCUUAUUUCUUAGACUCUUGCGGCUACCAAGAUUUGGCUUUUUGUCAUGUACAUGUACGCUGUUGUGCUAUAUAUUUGAUGCCGAAUUAUGCGUCGCUUUGAUAUAUGUUAUACUGUGCCCGAAAUGUACAUUGUACGUCCUGCGCUAGGGUGAAGCAUGUGGUGCAUUCUUUAAGGCAGCGUGCAAGCUUCUUUCAGAAUGAGUGCUCCGAGAAGUAAGUUCAAAAUGUCAAGGAUCUGAACAGCUUACAUGAAGCUGGCAGUGCAAGUUUACUGCCCCGUGCACCGAUAGCACAUGGCAUUACUUCUGCCGCCACCCAUUACUUGAAUGUCUGCAAGGUGUUAGCCACAAACGUUUUAUAGGUGGGUCACCCUGUAGUAGGGAGAGGAAAGAAUGUGUGCCACAAAAUGCUUAAGCUUUUUUAGUUGCUGAUAAAUACUUGUCUGUGGACUGAAUUUUCAUGAAUCCUGUACGUUUUGUUCUGGAACAACAUUGCAAGGAAUGUUUCAUGCUUACUGCUUCUUUGCUCUCACUGAUAUUUUCCAUUUAGAUUGUAUAUUUUGGUUUGCAUCAAUCAUAGAAACACUUUUUGUAUCUUUGCUUGCAUAGCGUUUUUGAAGUUUCGUUUGCUGGUAGGUGACAAAGCCGAUCCCUGUGUCUGCAGCACUUUUGUUCAAGGUAGAUCAGAAGGUAGGGGUAGAAACUAUGUGGUUGAAAAAUUCAAGCGAUAACAUGGUUAUUGUAGGUGUGAAAGAUUCUGCCACUGGCAUUACAAUGGAAAUGCAGGUCACUGUAUAUUCCUGCAGUAAAAAUAGUGGCGACAUCAUAAUCCUUCUCUGUCAUCGACUGCACUCAUACUUAAGUAGAGCAACCUUCACGUCAUGUUUCUGGUGUUUGGGCGCAGAUAAACUGCUUCCAUUUAGGUCAUGUGUCAACUAAAUUCACAUAAGGACGGAAUGAAACUUUCAUCUUGCUUGUGGGCAAGUACAUUCGGCCCCUCAUGUAUGCACAAAUUCUAGCUUCUAACCUUUGGGGUAUUGUUCAAUGCUUUGAUUCUCUGGUUUGCUCAAUUGCAAAAUUUGUUGUUGGACAUCAUUUUUACAUUUGUGGUCAGAGUAUUAGGAAGUGUACAGCCCUCCUGCAAGUGGUGCCAUUUAACAUAGCAGUCCACUGGCUUCAAGUGACACGAGGGGUCUGGAAUGCUGUACAACAUCGGGGCAUUUUUAUCUUUGCUUCUUUUUUGUGCCCAUGCAUUCUUUCUCUGCCAUGCUUUAUUAUAACUUCUUUUUCAUAACUUGCCAACAUUUUCAAGUAAUAUCAGCUGCUCACCUCGGCAAAAGUGUGACCGUACCCAUUUUGUUGGUUCCUUGAGGAGGCCUUAGUUUUUAUACCCAUCAAGUCUUCCAGAUUCUCAGCUGAGCCGCUGUCAAACUCUCCCAUCGUCACGAUACAUUAAGACUGCUAGGUUGUUGUGGCAUUUGAAUGUUCAAUAAAUAAUUUGUACCAGUGGGGAGACCAAACAUGGCUUCGUGACAGCAGGUGAAGGUAAUGUAUAACUCAUCUAUGACUGCUGCAUUCAUCUAACUUUGUGAUUUAAGUUCUCGUUCCUGCGAUAGUUGUUUGGUGAUGAGCCGGCAAAGUUAUUUCUUUUUUGCUUCUAUUGUAGUAAACACAUAUGCCUGAAAGCCGUUCUCAACAUGGAAUAUGUGUCUCUUCAAGUUGUUGUCCCAGACUGUACCUGAUUACCAGAGAGCCUGCGUGUCUCCAUGCUAAUUGGCUAAAAGCAGUGCCAUGGGUAGCAUUAGGCAGUGCUUGAUGACAAAUAAGGUAUGUUUGAGAUGGUCAUACAACCUCUAAUAAUGUCACUUGUAGUAGUCUCUUCAGCUGGCCCAUCCACAUUGUGGAGUAAAACUAUUGCACGGAAUUGUAGGCAUCUUGCAUUAGAUAAUGCAGCGUCGAAUAAGGUUUGCAGCAUCGAUCGGUUUAACAUAUAUAAGGAACGAAUUGGGUUUGAAACAAAUAGCCAUGUCCCCAUGCCAGUUGACUACUGUAUUAUAGAUAAAUUGGAGCAGCCAGACAUGGGCAGUGUUCUGAACUUUGACAGCCAGUGUUGUUUGUCAUACUGUGAUUUAUUUCUACGUGUAGAAAUUGCUGAAUGAUACAGAAAGGAAGUUUCACUAUAGGCGUGGUAAAAAACAAGGGACAGAUGCAACAUGUUUAGGACAUGGUAUCUAAACUCUAUUUUACAAGGUGCAGUGCUUACAGUGGUAGCUGAGAACAUCAUGCAGGAAUGCCGGAUAUUCCUGUCCAUUGUUCUACCGCAUAUCCUCCAGCUGAAUUUCUGUGAUGUUUCAUCAAUCAAACAGUGGUAUUCAUCGAAAGUGUGUGCUCAUUUAUAAAGUAUGGAAAUGUGGCAAACGCAUUGACCUUACUAAAACAUGCUCUUGUUCUAGACGACACCGGCUGUUAGCGUCAGAAGAUGAUAGCAUUACGCGGCCUUCUGUUGUACAUUCCUUCCACCUUCCAUUGACCACAGCGUUUGCAUACUUCUUCCAUAAAUUGUCAAAUUUAAUUUUCAAAUGAGAGCUUGUUUUUUAAAAGUGUUUUAUGAAGAAAAAAAAAACUGACACUGUUUAUAAGCACCACACAUUGCUUUGCUUUAGACUAGAUUGUGGCCACUGGUGGCGCAGUUUUAAAACCUGUCAGAUUCGACGUAGGCAUUGGGCCUGUUGGUGCUGGGACUUUCAAGGAGCUUAUUUGGACAAUCAGUGUACGCCUAAUGGUCUUCAAUAAAAAGAAAAACACUGCCAUCAGCAAAUGCUUUGUGCGUUAAAACUCAAUUGACUUUAAAAAAAUGUGUUGCAAGGCUUAUAGGGAAGCAACUUUGUCAUGAAGAAAAGCCAGCGGUUUCUUGAAUAAUCAUUGCAUAUAACUGUGCACUUUAAUAAUAUAUGCCAGCUCUAUGCGAAUUUUUGGCCAUGAUACCGGUGAUAUGUGCAUGUACUGUCGGCUGCAAAAGUUUGGGGGAUCUGCAACGUGUGGCGGAUCAGUGGAAAACUGCAUUGCAGCGCCAUCUACUGAGAUGCUCCAUGGUGUUAAGGAUAUCGGCCACGGCCUCCGCGAUGAGCUCCGGCAACGGCACGUUGUCGGAGACGGAUUUAUAAGAUUUCAUGUGUAACUUCCUUUCAUCAGCAUUUAUGCCUUGUAGCAUCCUUUCAUAUAGACAGUACUUGUGUGGUUUUCCCGUGAAUAGCGCCAUGUUUUGUUAAUGGCAAAAUGCAGUGAGGCUUGUUUGUACAGAAAUAGCUCAUUUUUCUGCCAAAAAUUAUUUGGAAGUGUAAUGGCCCUUGCUUACUGUCAUGUUCGCUAGAGCUUUGUGUUAGUCUGGUUAAGUGGAGAAGGAUCCUCAAGUGAGCUUUCAGAAAGUUAUCUUAGCAUGAGGGAUUGCAAAACAUGGUUAUUGAUAACAAAUGUUAACAUGCCACUGGUGUGACUGAGCGUGGAAGAACUUGUUUUCACUGAUACGAGUCGACAUGUAUUGGUGCACUUGCAUAACCCACUUGCGCAUUUACUUGUGAAUCUGUUGUUUUGCUGUUGAGUUAUCAUACAUAGAUUCUGCUAGCUGGGGCAAAGAAUUGAAAUGUGAGUGGAAAGCCAGCACCAUGUCAUAUCCGCAAUCGUUCUCUUGUAUUGGUGUACAAAAAUCAACGUUAAUGUCGUGUCUGUACUUGUCACCUGUACUUACAAAUUUGCUUUUGCGAAUCCUUUUUCUUUUUUCUUGUUUUCUUAUUAGGAUGAACGCGAUCACCAGUGUCACUGAGUGUGCUGCGAGAGAAAUGCACAACUGUACAGUGCCAUUAUGGCAUGAAAUUUUGAAGGACAGCAUAUGCAAUACACACUAUGCUGUACGUUGUCACACCUUGCAUCCAUUGUACAUCUGCGAGAGCACUCCAAACUCUCCUACAUGUUUGCUUUGCAUAACAUUUCUCUUUGCAAGUGUUGAAGCCAUUAAGAUUAGUGUUCAGCUUCAAAACUGCCUAAUUAUUAAGACACAUUGUUAAUGCGGAGUUUUUUUUACCUAUAAUGCAGUUCCUUUCUGUUAUGUGUACCUCAUGGUGUAAAUGACUGUUCUGUCAACCAUGGUCACGAAACAAAAAUUUAGACAACGAAUUAAGCACACCUUAUGUGUUCGGCAGCGGUAUUUUGAUGUACCUUGUUUUGUGUGACAGCGCACGUACGUUCUGCUUUUUUGUUUUUCUCACUGGCAAUGUUUCAUCUACACUACGACAUAUUUUUUUCUUCCGGUACAGUAGCUAAUUUUACAAAUGUAUGGCAAUAUAGCCAGCCAACAAACGUGUGUAUGCGUCUUCCUCGAUCCACUGUAUGUAUUCAAGAUGCGAAUUAUUUUUGUUCCCUGACGCAUAAGGGAAUGCCGUUAAAUAAGUGCCUUAAGGAGUGUACCAGUGAUUUUGUGUUUGUGUAGUAUAUAGAAAUUACUGUGACUAGAUACCAAGCUCUGUUUUGAUGCGCGCCUGUUUUUACUCCCCGUGCAUGCACAUCAUGUGCUUCAUGCAACAAGGUCGUUCUUGAACCGGGGAAUUUGGAACCAACUUAUUGUAGUGUACUGUAGCGAGCUUGUGUGCAAUGUUUCCGGCAUUAUCCUACUGUUUACGCGGUGUACACAACACCUGCUUCACGUGGUUGAAUAAAAAAGCCGUAUCAUUGGUACAUUGAAAUGUUCAA